AUGUCGGCAAUAGUUUGUGAUUCGAUUCUGUCGGACGACGAUGAUGAAUUGGAAAUGGAUGAGGAAAUCGAGAAGAAACCGAGUACUUCUUCUGUGAAGAUAGAGGAGGAUUCUGAAGAUGAUGACGUCGACGAUGAGGAGGAUUCUGAAGGCGACGAUGAGGAGGAGACGGAGGAUUCUGAAGACGAGGGGAAGGAGGGUGAUGAGUUUCAGACAAACGCCCCACAACCCGUCCAAAUUUCCGAAGAGAACAUGACAACGAAAAAGUUUUCCGAGCUCGGCGUGAGCUCAUGGAUCAUUCAACAACUCCAAACGAUGCAUAUCUCUACAGCGACCCCCGUUCAGGCGGCCUGUAUUCCAAAAAUUCUCUCCGGCAGUGAUAUUCUCGGCUGUGCGCGUACAGGAACAGGAAAAACUCUCGCUUUCGCGAUUCCGAUUAUCCAAAAGCUCUCCAUCGACCCAUACGGUAUCUACGCGUUAAUUCUCACGCCAACUCGAGAACUCGCAUUUCAAAUCGCCGAUCAAUUCAGUGCAGUCGGCAAGCCAAUCACCCUAAAAUGCUCUGUCAUUGUAGGUGGGCGGAGCCUAAUCCAUCAGGCUCGAGAGCUCUCGGACCGCCCACAUAUCGUUGUGGCGACGCCGGGAAGACUUGCAGAUUUGAUAAAUAGCGAUGCUGAAAUCAUAGCGAAAGUUUUUAAGAAAAUCCAAUUUUUCGUGCUGGACGAGGCGGAUCGAAUGCUGGAAGGCCAGUAUAACGACCAACUAAAACCGAUUUUCGAAGCGAUCCCUGCGAAACGCCAGACCCUUUUACUCUCCGCCACCAUCACCAAUAAUAUCAACAUGCUGCAUAAGGUCUCGACACGAAAACCGUACUUCUUUGAGGAUAAAUCCAAAGACGCGGAGAGUACUGUAGACCGGUUAGAGCAAAAGUUCGUCGUGUGCCCGGUAGCGGUGAAAGACGCCUAUCUGGUGUACGUUGUGAAGAAUUAUAGCGAGAAGAACCCCAAGUCUUCCGUUAUGAUUUUCGCGCAGACGUGUCGUGAGUGCCAAGCGCUCGCUUAUAUGUUCGAAGGACUCGGCUUUCGUGUCGGCUCCCUUCACUCUCAAAUCCCGCAGAAGCAGCGGCUCGCCGCGCUCUCGGCGUUCCGCUCCAAAACGCUCAACGUCAUCAUUUGUACGGAUGUGGCGUCGCGUGGAUUGGACAUUCCGCACGUUGAUCUCGUUGUCAAUCAUAACGUCCCUCAGUGUGCGAAGACGUAUAUCCAUCGAGUCGGACGGUCAGCGAGAGCUGGAAGAUUCGGAUCCGCACUGAGUUUUGUGACACAGUAUGAUGUCGAGUUGUUGCAAGCCGUCGAGCAGACGAUUGGAAAGAAGUUGGAGGAGUUGAAAGUCAACGCGAAACAUGUGACAAAAUACGUGACGCAGGUGCUUGUCGCCAAAAAAGAAGCCGAAUUGAAACUGGAGAAUCAAAAGUUUGGUGAGAAGAAAGAGAUCAAUAAACGAAAAGAAUUACUGAUGAGUGGAAUGAGUGAAGACGAUGUGGAUCGACAUUUGGAGAAUAUGAAGACGAAAAGAGUGACGAGUUCGAAGAGAAAAUUGGAUAAGAUCAGUGGACAAUUGGAGAGAAGGAAUGAGGCGAAGAAAGGAGAGAAGGACAAGAAGAAACCGAAAAUUGAGAAGGAUUAA